UCACUAGAUUCCUCUUCCAACCUUUCUGGCCCCUCCUUCACCAAUGUCUUCCAAAUCCAUUCUUCUUCUGGCCAUUUUUCUAGUGGUCGCCACUAAGGUUCUUUCGGAUGAUGAAGAUCUCAAGAUAGUGGUGAACUAUGCAAGUCCUCAAGUCCCAGCACCACCAGUGAAGGCACCACCGCCCCUAGUGAAAUCACCAUCUUAUCCUCCAAUAGUGAAGCCACCAAGUCCAACACCCCCUCUGAAGGUACCUCCUCCUUAUCCCCCAGUAGUGAAGCCACCAACACCACCAGUGAAGACACCUCCUUCUCCCUAUCCACCAGUGGUGAAGCCACCAACACCAACCCCACCAGUGAAGACACCACCUUCUUAUCCACCAGUGGUGAAGCCACCAACACCAACCCCACCAGUGAAGGCACCUCCUUCUUAUCCCCCAGUGGUGAAGCCACCAAGUCCAACACCACCAGUAGUGAAACCACCAUCUCCUACACCCCCUGUGGUGUACCCUCCUGUUACUCCCUCUCCACCAACUCCUGUAGUGAAAUCAAAGAAGGAUUGCAUUCCACUCUGUGAUUAUAGAUGCCAAUUACACUCAAGGAAGAGAUUGUGCAUGAGAGCAUGCAUGACAUGCUGUGAUCGUUGCAAAUGUGUACCUCCUGGAACUUAUGGUAACCGGGAAAAAUGUGGCAAGUGCUACACUGAUAUGUUGACUCACGGGAACAAAAACAAGUGCCCAUAG